AGCACACCAAACAUCCACUUCCACAAGCACUGCUGCUCUCUUACAUAAAGGCAGGGUCUCACUGAUGUCUCUGGAGAGCAGCAGCUUUCAGUAUGUUAAAUUACUUUCAUCGUGUAUUUUCAGAUGCUUAUUGAUUUGGCAGUAGGGGAACUGGUGACCACAGCAGCCUCCGAGCAGGAAUACAUGCUCUGUAGGUUACCACUGUGCUGAAACAAUGGCUCAGCAGAAGAAUAUACUUUCGUUAAGGUUAUUUUCUGGAUAAAGAUUUUGCACCUGCUUUCCGACAUGCUUUGCCUUCAAGUGAGCAAAAUGCAGCAAUCUAAUCUCGAACUGAUACAAAAUGGAUUUAUAUUCUUAAAAGAGGGCACAGCAUUUGGGUUCCAACAGUCCCCCCCUGCAGCCUAAGGAAGGAAAAGAGUUGGAUUUGUACUAGCAGACUAUCUAAGCUGCAGAAUGGAUUUUGCAUAAAAUCUCUAUUUUACAUUAUAAAGUCAAAUUAUGGAGCAAGAAUGUAAUUCUGUAACAAAGCAACAAGACUGGGAUGUGUAGAAGAACAGAAUCCACGCAGACUCAUUCUUUGCAGGUGUGUCGGUCUAAAACCAAAAUGGAUACAUGCCACCUGACUCAAAAAGAUGUGUAUCAAUUCCUUGUUGGAGAUCAACAUGCAGCUUAAAGUCAAUUUAACAGUCCGUGAUGAUAUCAGCAUCAAUAUGUACCAGCCAAUCCCAUAUACUCUUAGCUUCCAGAUUUCUCUAACUUGCUUCCUCGUGUUGGAAAUGGUUUUGGGUCUUGGAAGUAAUCUUACAGUACUUGUACUUUACUGCAUGAAAUCCAACUUAAUUAACUCAGUCAGCAACAUUAUCACUAUGAACCUUCAUGUCCUUGAUGUAAUUAUAUGUGUAGGCUGCAUUCCUUUAACAACCGUCAUACUUCUGUUACCAACGGAGAGCAACAAUGCUGUAAUCUGCUGCUUCCAUGAAGCUUGUGUCUCCUUUUCUAGUGUUGCCACUGCUGUCAAUGUGUUUGCCAUCACUCUGGACCGCUAUGAUAUAUCUGUGAAACCAGCAAGUCGCAUCCUUACUAUGGGUCGUGCUGUAAUAUUAAUGACAACAACCUGGAUAGUUUCUUUUCUUUCUUUCUUGAUUCCCUUCAUUGAGGUCAACUUUUUCAGUGUUCAGAGCGAGAGCAAAUGGGAAAACAAGACACUUUUGUGUGUUAGCAGAAAUGAAUAUCACACUGAACUUGGCAUGUAUUACCACCUUCUAGUUCAGAUUCCAAUAUUUUUCUUCACAAUAAUCGUGAUGCUGAUCACAUACACCAAGAUUCUUCAAGCUCUUAACAUUCGCAUUGGCACAAGGUUUUCUACAGUGCAAAAGAAAAAAGCAAGAAAAAAGAAAACAAUUUCACUAGCAACUCAACAUGAGACAACAGAUGUUUCUCAAAGCAGCGGUGGUAGGAAUGUGGUACUUGGUAUAAGGACUUCAGUAUCCGUCAUUAUUGCCAUGCGUCGAGCAAUCAAAAGGCACAGAGAGAGACGGGAAAGACAGAAAAGAGUUUUUAGAAUGUCAUUACUGAUUAUUUCGACCUUCCUGUUUUGUUGGACACCAAUUUCGAUUUUAAAUACAACAAUUUUAUGUCUUGGGCCAAGUGACCUUUUGGUAAAACUACGGCUGUCAUUUUUAGUUAUGGCCUAUGGAACCACGAUAUUCCAUCCAUUACUGUAUGCAUUCACAAGGCAAAAAUUCCAAAAGGUACUGAAAAGUAAAAUGAAAAAACGAGUGGUUUCUAUAGUGGAAGCUGAUCCAAUACCAAAUAAUGUUGUGAAACACAAUUCUUGGAUUGAACCCAAAAGGCAUAAAAAGAUAACAUUUGAGGACAAGGAAGCAAGGCAGAAAUGUUUAGCUACUUAGGCUAUUACAGAUUAAGCAAUUAGUCCUCUUCUCACUUUUUCCUCCAUUUCUUUUAUACAAAAGGAAGUUAGAAAGGAAAAAAUACACUGCCAACCAUUUUUUUAAAUUUAUUUUUAUAAUCUUUAGCAUAAUGUACAUUUUUAAAGAAACCGUUUAUUUAGGUUAGGUGUUCUCCGAUAACUACAGUACACAAUGCAUAGCAGUUUGUUAAUGUAAAGUGAAUACUUAACCUUAUGAUGACUAUAUGAUAUUUAUGUACAUUUAUCUUUUUGUAAGAAAAAAUAUGAUGCAAAUAAAUAUCUUUUAAACAAGAGACAGCUUUGAUUAAGAAAAAACAUUAAGAAGCAAAUUUAUUAAGGGUCAAAAAGUAAAACCGAAUUUUCUUUUUUUCAAAACUCUAAAAUUCGAAUUGGGAAUAAUACAAACUCUUAUUAGAAUUUUAAUUUGAAUGUCAAGAUUUAUCAAACCUUGACCCUUGAAACAAUUCAAAUUCCACUAUUCGCCACCCAAAACCUGCCGAGUUUAUGUAUAAGUCAAUGAGAGAGGGCCAGUGACCCAUUUGAAAAUGUU